CUCCUCGGAGGCGUCAUGAGGUCCCCGGUUCGGGGCCUGGCCUCCAGCGAUGGCGAGGAGGGCUCAGAUAGGACGCCCUUGCUGCAGAGCACCCCGCGGGUGGAAGCCGCUCCAGUGUGCGGCUCUGCUCGUUAUAACUUAGCAGUGUUGGCGUUUUUUGGUUUCUUCGUUCUCUAUGCAUUACGGGUGAAUCUGAGCGUGGCAUUGGUGGAUAUGAUAGAUUCAAAUACGACUUUAGCAGAUAAUAAAACUUCCAAGGAGUGUGCAGAGCAUUCUGCUCCCAUAAAAGUUCUUCAUAAUCAAACGGGUAAAAGGUACCAGUGGGAUGCAGAAACACAAGGAUGGAUUCUCGGUUCUUUUUUUUAUGGCUACAUCAUCACCCAGAUUCCUGGAGGAUAUAUUGCCAGCAAAGUGGGCGGGAAACUGCUGCUAGGAUUUGGGAUCCUUGGCACAGCCAUCUUCACCCUGUUCACUCCUGUUGCUGCAGAUUUUGGAGUUGGAGCCCUCAUUGUACUCAGGGCCCUAGAAGGACUAGGAGAGGGUGUUACAUUUCCAGCUAUGCAUGCCAUGUGGUCUUCUUGGGCUCCCCCUCUUGAACGAAGCAAGCUUCUUAGCAUUUCAUAUGCGGGAGCACAGCUUGGGACAGUAAUUUCUCUUCCUCUUUCUGGAAUAAUUUGCUUCUAUAUGAAUUGGACUUAUGUCUUCUACCUUUUUGGUAUAGUUGGCAUCAUUUGGUUUAUUUUAUGGAUCUUGUUAGUUAGUGAUAAGCCUGAAACUCACAAGGCAAUCUCCCGCCAUGAAAAAGAAUAUAUUCUUUCAUCAUUAAAAAAUCAGCUCUCUUCACAGAAGUCAGUGCCAUGGGUACCCAUGCUAAAAUCACUACCUCUUUGGGCUAUUGUAGUUGCACAUUUUUCUUACAACUGGACAUUUUAUACUUUAUUGACGUUAUUGCCUACUUAUAUGAAGGAGAUCCUAAGGUUCAAUGUUCAAGAGAAUGGGCUUCUAUCUGCACUGCCUUAUUUUGGCUGUUGGUUAUGUAUGAUCCUAUCUGGUCAAGCUGCUGACAAUUUAAGGGCAAAAUGGAAUUUUUCAACUAUAUGUGUCCGAAGAGUGUUUAGCCUUAUAGGAAUGAUUGGACCUGCAGUAUUCCUGGUAGCCGCUGGAUUUAUAGGUUGUGAUUAUUCUUUGGCCGUUGCAUUCUUAACCAUAUCAACAACACUGGGAGGCUUUUGCUCUUCUGGAUUUAGCAUCAACCAUCUGGAUAUUGCACCUUCGUAUGCUGGUAUCCUCCUGGGCAUCACAAAUACAUUUGCCACUAUUCCAGGAAUGGUUGGACCUGUCAUUGCUAAAAGUCUGACCCCUGAUAACACGAUUAGAGAAUGGCAAACCGUUUUCUAUAUCGCUGCUGCUAUUAAUGUGUUUGGUGCCAUUUUCUUCACGCUAUUCGGCAAAGGUGAAGUGCAAAGCUGGGCUCUCAACGAUCAACAUGGACACAGAAACUGA